AUGGGUGACCUGGAAACAUUCGAUGGCUACAUGAUCAGCUCUCAUUUCAAACCAAAGUCGCUCGGUGAGCGCGAUGUUGAAAUUGCGCUAGAGGCAUGCGGUGUAUGCGGAAGUGAUAUCCACACCCUGACUGGCAGCUGGGAACAAGCCAAACUACCUGUCUGUGUCGUGGGCAAGGUUGUUAGGAUCAGUCCUCAGCCCACCCAAAUUAACACCAGUGAAGAUGGCCACAAGGAGGCUGUGGAGAAGGUGUAUAACGGGAAGGCCAGAUAUGGUGUCACAUCGGUAGGCUGUUACAACCUGCCCCUGGACUGGUGA